AAUGGGAUAAGAAUAAAGUACUAAUCAAAAGACUUAAGAGUAUAAAUAAUUUCUGCUUCAAUAUUCCCAAGAAAGAGAGACUAUACAUCCAUAAUUUGGAACUAUUAAAUUAUUUACACACAUUUAAGUAAAAUCAUAUUAAAACAUAGACAAACGAAUAAAUCUGUCUUAAGAAGUAUUUUACAAAAAGUGAAAAAGAAUUAUCCAAUCUUGUAGUUCAUCUAAAAAAAAGAAAUUCUUUUGAAUAAAACAAUUUACUUAAAAUACUUGCAGUUCAUAAAUAAGAUCAAAUGAAAGUUUGUUCAGAUCAAAGUUCUAUUGCAAUUAUCAUUUAAUAUUAUGAAGAGAGUUUAACAAAUGAAAUGUGUAUAAGGAGGUUAAAUAAUAAACCUUACAAUGAAGGACAUAUUUGGAUUCUAUUAUAAUAAAUUAUUGAUCCAUGUACAUAUUUAAGCGAAAAAAAUGUCUUUCAUGGUGAUAUUAAACCUUCUACAAUUUAUUUAGAUGAAAAUGGUUGCAUCAAAUUAUCUGAAUGUAGUCUGUUUAAUGAUGGACUUAAUGGAUAUUAAAAAAUGAUAUAAAGUUAAGACAAGUCAUAUCUAUCUCCAAGUCUUUUGAAAUAAUACAAAGAAUUGAUUAUGUCACCUAUUCAUGAUCCAUAUAAAAGUGAUGUAUAUUCAUUCGGACUCACAGUUUUGAGUGUAAUCUUAAUGGAAGAAGUUUAUGAUUGUUUUGAUUAUGUUGAUGGUAUAGUUUUAACUGAUUAAUUGGAAUAAAAGUUUAAUCGAAUUAUGUAAAUGGGAUAUUCUUAGAUUUUGAUUGAAUUUAUUAAAUAGUUAUUAUUAUUAGAUGAAUAAGAAAGACCAUCAUGGUAAAUGCUUAAAGAUUUUAUAGACAAAUAUAGGGAUAAAAUUUAUAAUAUGAUACCAUUCUAUUAAAAUCAUUUUUAGAAUGUUAAAUCACCUAUAAGAUAAUCUAAUCAAUUUAAUAAAUCACCAUUACGAUAAAACAUGAUAUAUCUAGUAUUUAUCAUAUUUAUAUUAGCCCCUUAAUAAAUCACCAUAAUAAUAAUUUUUAAGAUCUUAAUAAUUUAAUACAAGUAGAUCAGAUACUAAACCAAAGUAUGUACAAAUAAGUAAAGAGAAUUACUGA